AUAAUGGUCCAGCCGGCAGCAUCAGGAGCAUCCUCUCCAGCGAGGCCCAAUGGUCUCCAGACAGUAAAAGAGGGUGAUUCAGCAGGCCACCUUCCCUUCCUCCCUUCCUUGCAGCCAUCCCUCCUACUCCUUCCUCCUCCUCUUCUCCUUCUCCAUCCCCUUUUCUUUUGUGCGCUUGCCUGAGAUUACGCACGAGCCGCUUGGGGUCCAUUGCUUCGUCUGCCAGUGCCUAUACCUUCAAAAGGGAGGAAGCUUGGGCACCCAAUCCUUACCCACAAACACACACAUCCCCAGUCUCCCUCUCUCCCUAUACAUCCCCUCUCUAAACCCCUCCCUCUCCUUUCCAUCCCCAAGCGACCCAUUUCCCUGCACCCCCAAUAAAGGAUGGGGCGCUUUCCAAAGACCCCCUGACGUUUGCCAUAAAGGAAGGAAGGCGAAACCAAGACACCCGGCAAGAGGCGGGUCUGGAGCGCAGGGGGGAAAAUAAAGGCACGGAAGGGUGUGAAACUGGGGAUCCAGACCCUCGCUGUGCUGCCUCUUCUCUGAGCUCCAGAUGAAGCGGAGGCUUUGCAGACAAGAAAACCUAAGGAGGGAGAGCAGCAGGAGGAGCUGGCGUUUAGCUGCAGAGCUUCAAGUCUUCCCACCCAUAGGAGGCCAAGCACCAGCGUUUUAAAGGUCUCAAUCUCCCUUUCCUGCCUUUAGACACAAAGGUAUUUAUGAGCCGCCAUUUCUUAUACUACUGCGGUGAACCUACCCUGGAUGUGAAGAUUGCCUUUUGUCAGGGAUUCGGGAAACAAGUGGAUGUGUCAUAUAUUGCCAAAUAUUACAACAUGAGUAAAAGCAAAGUUGACAACCAGUUCUACAGUGUGGAAGUGGGUGACUCGACCUUCACAGUUCUCAAGCGCUACCAGAACUUAAAACCGAUUGGCUCUGGAGCUCAGGGAAUAGUUUGUGCUGCAUAUGAUGCUGUUCUCGACAGGAAUGUGGCCAUCAAGAAGCUCAGCAGGCCGUUUCAAAACCAGACACACGCUAAGCGAGCUUACCGAGAACUAGUCCUCAUGAAAUGUGUGAAUCACAAAAACAUUAUCAGUUUAUUAAAUGUCUUCACACCACAGAAAUCUCUGGAGGAGUUCCAGGAUGUUUAUUUAGUAAUGGAACUGAUGGAUGCCAACUUGUGCCAGGUAAUUCAAAUGGAACUAGACCAUGAACGGAUGUCUUACCUGCUCUACCAAAUGCUUUGUGGCAUCAAACAUCUUCAUUCUGCAGGAAUUAUUCACAGGGAUUUAAAACCAAGUAAUAUUGUGGUAAAAUCAGACUGUACGUUGAAGAUCCUAGAUUUUGGACUGGCCAGAACUGCAGGCACUAGCUUCAUGAUGACUCCCUAUGUGGUCACACGGUAUUACAGAGCACCAGAGGUCAUCUUGGGAAUGGGCUACAAGGAGAACGUGGAUAUAUGGUCAGUAGGAUGCAUUAUGGGAGAAAUGGUGCGCCACAAAAUCCUCUUUCCAGGAAGGGAUUAUAUUGAUCAGUGGAAUAAGGUAAUUGAACAGCUGGGAACCCCUUGCCCGGAAUUCAUGAAGAAACUGCAACCAACAGUGCGGAACUAUGUGGAAAACAGACCUAAAUAUGCCGGCCUCACCUUCCCCAAACUAUUCCCAGAUUCUCUCUUUCCCGCCGAUUCAGAACACAACAAACUCAAAGCUAGCCAAGCCAGGGACCUUUUGUCAAAGAUGCUAGUGAUUGACCCAGCCAAACGGAUAUCAGUGGAUGAAGCCUUACAGCAUCCGUACAUUAAUGUCUGGUAUGACCCGGCAGAAGUGGAGGCACCACCUCCACAGAUAUAUGAUAAGCAGCUGGAUGAAAGAGAACACACAAUCGAAGAGUGGAAAGAAUUAAUCUACAAGGAAGUCAUGAACUCUGAAGAAAAGACUAAAAAUGGUGUAGUAAAAGGACAGCCUUCUCCCUCAGGUGCAGCAGUGAACAGCAGCGAAAGCCUCCCUCCAUCCUCAUCCGUCAAUGACAUUUCCUCCAUGUCCACAGACCAGACCUUGGCAUCGGACACUGACAGCAGUUUGGAAGCUUCUGCAGGACCCCUCGGUUGUUGCAGGUGACUAGCCGCCUGCCUGCGAAACCCGACGUUCUUCAGAAGAUAAUGUAAUUUAGUGGGGGGGAAAUCAUUGUGGUUAUAAAAGCAUUCAAUGAUGGCAAGGAAGAGUUACAAUUUAGAACACAAAGAGAAAAUUUUAAACAAACACAAACACACACGUAACAAUUAAACAAGAGAAAACCCUUUCAGCCUGCCUUCUCCUAAAAGAGUUAUGUAAAUGCAGCUAAGCUCAAAUGUAUAUUUAACUUAUAGUUGCUCUGCUUUGGUCUUCUUCCAACGAUGCUUACUGCAAAAUGAAAAAAGAAAAAAAAAGAGAAAAAAGAGGAAAAUGUGUAAAAGAAGCCUUUUUUCAUACAAAUGCAAAUUUUAAUGGCUGCAAAACCAGCAACUUGCAACUGUCCUUUUUCACGUUGGCAUGACAAGGUGGGCAGUCCCCCUCCCUUUAUUUGUAUACAUGUGUGCCUAUCUAACCACUCUCUGUUUCUGUGUUGGGCAAUUGAACAGAGAAAUGCACAUGUAUCUCAGUGUACAAAUGUGCAGAUCUGCAUUACAUGAAGCUAUGUAUGCACUUCUGUUUGUACAUAUAUCUAAACAUCAGGCAUGUACACAACAGACUGCAAUGAAGAACUAAACUUCCCGGGUUUCUUUUUCUUUUAUGUGCAGAUUUCAUUUGUGAUAUAACUUGGAAGUGUACACUCUAUUUUCUUGGUCCAUGGGUUGUUUCACGUUAGUUUAGCUCUUCAGUCCUGCAGCCUCACUGAACUCAAUUGGACUUAACUUCUGAGCAGAUAGGUAAACAGAUUCAAAUUGAAACGUUCAGAAUCUUGAAUCUUAUAUUUUUAGUAGUAGUCUGCUGGAAGGAAGAUUAUAGACAAGGGCUAAGUCAGAGUUCUCUAAGUGGGAUGCAUUCCGAUUUGUUUUCUUAGAAUGAGCUGAAACAGAAAAGUAUAAUGAUCUGCCAGAACUAUCAGGAGGAAAGCCUGUUGGCAACAUGGUUUGUUUGUGGGUCUCUUGGUUGACCAGUGAGGGAAAUGUGAUGUUGUCAAGAGGAACAUUUGGUCUAAUCCAACAAGAACCAGCUGAUAUUCCUAGAUCAGGGGAAAUUUGUGUAGAUGUGUUUCUUAACUGCUUGAGGGUAACUCCAUGUUGUUAUUAUAUAAAGGCCUUCAGAAAUUGACCAUAAAUAUGAACUGGCAUUGACAAAUUCAAUAAGCCAUUCCUGCAGGUAACCUAUCAUUCCUACUUAAAGUUGGGCCAUGCUGACAAGGCAAUUUUGAGAGCCUAAAUGAAAGACAGACCUUGCAAAUGCUCCUUCUUUUUCCUCUGUUCUGAAGGUAUACUGGUCUCCUUCCAUCCUUCUAGAGCUUAUGGCUAUGAGAUGGACAUGAAGGACUACCAACCACUUGGAUCAAUGUAAUGAGGAUAGUAUAAUAGCACAGAAAGGGUAUAAGACAAACGGAUUUCUUUUCCCAGAGUUGAAUAACUUCUUUAGUUCAAAUAAAGGACUACUAGAUAUCUUGGCUAAAAGUUUUUAAAGAAAGAGAGGUACAAAAUAUUUCACAGUGGUUUAAGUUAUUUGUUGGCAAAUAAUAUUCUCAUUAUAACAAUCGUUCUGUGAUUAUUGAGUGUUACUGUUUCAGCACAAGGUGAGGAAGUCAAAUUAAACAAGGUAUUGCAGGUUGAGUAUCUCUUAUCUGAAAUGCUUGGGGCCCAAAGUGUUUUGGACUUCAGAUUUUUUUUGGAAUUCCUGUUAUUUCAUACAUGAACAUAAUGAGAUAUUGUGGAGAUGGAACCUAAAUCUAAACCUGAAAUUCAUGUAUGUUUCAAUAUCUUAUAUAUCUAGCCUGAAGGAAAUUUCACACACAUUAUUUUAAACAAUCUUUUGCAUGAAACAAUGCUAAGGUACAUUGAAUCGCCAGAAAAAAGUAACUAUCUCAACCACCCAUUCAGAUUUUUGGAGUAGUUUGGAUUUCAGAAUUCCACAUAAAGGAUACUCAAUAUGUAUCAACCGUAGAUGCCAUGCAUAUCUGUCUAGCGUAGCAAACAAUGAAGGGCUAGAAUACCACCCGUGAAGGUACUUGAGGCUGUGAUUGGCGUUUCAAAAUAACUGUUUGAAACAAUUAUUUUCUUUGUGAAGAUCAAUGAGUGUAUAGCUGCUUUUGCUUUCACAGUUGUCCUCAAUUGCACCUCUUCAUUGGGUCAAAUAAUCUGAAGUUUUCAGGUUUCAGAACUAUAGCAACAGGGGUUCUGCAUGUGUAGAGCAAACCAGCAUUAGUGUAUACAGAAUCAACUGAUUCUUCAACAGCAUUGAUACAUUUAGCAUGCAGUGUGAUAUGACUUCAUUUCUUUAGGCACCAGAAAAGGUUAACAUUGGAUAGCCCCAUUGUGACAGGCACUGGUAUGUAUUUCAAACCAUUCAAAGAAAAUCCAUUUCAGCUGAGGUCACUGGCAGUAGUAGCAAGUGUGUUUGGGAGUAAGAAGGAAGAACAUAAGCCAUUUAUCUCUGUUACUGCACUCUUUAGAGACACUUUUUCCUACUAGUACUCUGCUGGGCCUGUGGUAUGUUGGACACAUUGUACCAAAUCUAGCCAUUCUUGAUGCACUAAGUAGUCCAUUACCACACAUACAUCUAAGAGCAUGGGUGGAUUGUAUGCUAAUUUUAAAAAAAUUAGGAAUUUCAUGAACUUCCCAAAACUGAAUUAUUUUCCUGGAGUCUAAUACCAUACUCAAAUGGUAGGCAAUGUUAAAAUAAUUUCUUUGGUUAAACAAGACUCCUCUUUUUUUCCAAAACUAUUAUAAAGACUUUCUUAUUUUCUUUUGCCAUUCAUAACAUGACUGAAUUUUGUGGACUUUAACUGGUUUAUACAUAAUAUAAUAUUCAAGUGCUAACAAUAUUCCAAGAAAGUCAUCAAAUACACACACACUAUAUAAAAUAUGCUUAAACCUAUUUUCCAUUAUGUACUGGUCUAAACUAUAUGUAAUUCCUUAGUGAAGGGUAGCCAUUCAUAAAUCUUGAAAUGAUUUCUGAUCAUGCAACUUUAACUUCAUUUGCUAAAUAAGGAGAUAGGUAGGUUGAUUUUUCUUCUUAAAAAAUCAGAACCUUUUUGUUAUAGCCGUUUAUAGCCGUAUGUAUAAAAGCAAUAAGCAGUAUUGUUAUUACUGGGAAAAUAAGAUAAAAAUAGCAAUAUAGGAGGUGAUUGACACUGCUUUUUCAAAUGGUCGAUUUACAUGAACUGCAUGCAACAUCAAUUGAAAUGGAAGCCACAAAGCAAUGGUGCUUGAGAUAUUGCCCUGUAUUCUUUCCAAAAGCCAUGAAAUGACAUUACCUGCAUGUGGCAUUGCAAUCUUAACACAACCCAGUGAAAUCCCAGCAUACUAGAAAUGACAGUACUUAGAAAGGAUGCAGUAGUGCAAUGGGGAGGCCACAAAGGCAAUAAGCAAGAAAUGAUUUCCUAAGCAAUAAUGGCAUCUGUAUAUUUUAGCUGUGUAUAUCCCUGUCCAAUAUCAGGGGCAAUUAAAAAACCUCUUCCAACUAUCCACCAUUUUGGUGCUGAUAUCACAGUUGACUGGGAGCCACUUGGAAUGGAACAUCGUCAAAAGAUGUAUCCGUUAAUUCCCAUCAGAAGUUAUAAUCAUAAUAUUCUAAUCAUCCAGGUUUGCGCAAGAUAGCCAAUUACUCAGGACAAUGAAAUGCCAAGCAGCCUUUGAAGAGUUUUUGAAAUCUCUCUCCAGAAUGGGUAACUAGGCAACAGAAUGGCGGGUGAGAGUCAACCUAAGUUGAAAAUGAUGUAUGUUGGAUUUAGACAAAAACAAAUACAGGACCAUCUGCAUCCAUCCAGCAAAGGUACUCUUGUGAACAUCAGAGGACACUCCCUCUACUAGAGCAGUGAAAAGGGCAAUUGGCAUUAUUAGGAAAGGGAUCAGCAACAAAGUAGCCUUUAUUAUCAAGCUGAUAUAUAAAUCUGCCCUCAUUAUGCGGCCGGACACCACGCACACUUUGGAAAACAAGGAUAUAAUCAAAAUUGAGAAAGAGUUGGAAGGAUUAGAGGAAGGAUUAGAAUAGGGUUAGAGGGCUGACCUUUUCUUGUCUUUUGAAAUGCUGUGGCAAAUGUUCAGCAGCUUAACUUUGAAAGAGAAAGAUAAUUAGUGUGGGUUUUUAGAGGUGUGUAAAGCCAUUAAUAUUUCUGAGAAAGUGAGUAAAAGAACAUUAGUGUUGAAGACCAUCCAGUAAAAGCAAUUAGCAACUGAUUUCAAGCAAGAGAAGGUGGAAGUAUUUCAGCACACAAUGUUCAUUAGCAUGGAAAUGAUUGCUACAGGGUGGCUUUUGAAAGGUCUUAAAGACAAUUCAUGAAGAUAGUCCAUAAAUGGCUAUCCAUUUCAUUCUGCCUUACAUAGGACAGAAAAUUGGGGCAAAAGGCAAUGGCCAUUAUGUGAAGAGAGCCAAAAGCUACGUAGUCUCAUAAAUAUGUGUGCCUGCAUAAUGAAAGUAUGCCUUUAAAAACUGAAAUAUAUCACUUUGCUCCAACUCAAGUUAUAGGUGAUUUGUUCCACAUGACAACAGGUGGCCCUAGUUCUGAAUUUUUUUCAUAAAUCACAUUGAAAGACUUACCCAAAUGGUUUGAUGGCUUACUAAAAAUAUUUUAAAAAUAAAACUUUGUGUUGCAGUCAGGAUUUAUCUAUCUGCCUUGGCAAAGUUGCCUAAUAUCACAUCAGUAUUUAAUUGCUGUUUCAUUAUACUUCUGUUUUGCUACCUUCCUGACUGAAACAAAGUUGCAUAUUAAACGACUAACAAACAUUUUGUCCUCUAUUCUGACUUCAUAGUAAGCUAAUGCGGUUUUCUACCAGGGCAGUCUUAUAAACAAGACACCUACAUGUGUCUCAUUUAAUGAUGGAUGGAUGACAUGUAACUUGACAUAUGUGCAAGUGAAAAAAGCUUGGUGUUCUUUGUAGAUCAGAAGUCACCACUAGGGCAGAAAACAUUGUUGCGAUGUGGUGGCUAAUGCAGUCUCAAGUUGCCUUAGCAGCAGAAGUCCAAUGUCAGGAUCUAGAAAAAUAAUGAUAUCAUAUUUCUCAAGCUCACAGAAUAGUAUAGUAUAUAAAGGAUAUUGACAGACUAAAAUGUGUCCAGAGGAUGAAGAUGGUGAGAGUAGGAGAGAUCAAGUCCUAUGAAGAAAUUGUGCCAUUUCCCUUGGAGAUGAUUAAGGCAAUCUUUGAAGAGCUAUCAGAUAAUGGAGCAAAGUUAUUUUCUUUUUGCUUUGCAGCAGGGGUAGGCAACCUGAGGCUCUUCAGAUGUUGAACUGCAGCUUCCAUCAACGUUCACCAUUGGUUAUUCUGAAAAGACCCAACAAGGGGUUCAGAGCAACAAUAUCUGCAUGGCCUUGCUCAUUUCUGCUCCAGAUGGCAUGAACCAAUAGGUUUAAAUUAUAAGAAAAAGGACUUAGGAUAAAUAUUAAAAACUUCCUGUUAGUACAAGUUGUUGGGCAAAGAAAUGUGUUGCCUACAAAAAUGACGGACUCUAAUAAAAAAUAAAAAAUGAAUUUUCCAUUUAAAACGUGACAGCCCUCAUUAGCACUAAAGUUUCUUAUGACACUGACAUGCUAACCACAAGUGGAAAUAUUAAGGUUAUAUAUGAAAAGUAUAAAAGCAGUAUAAAAUGGCUGCUGUGACAUACAUUUUCUACAUUUCAGUUUCACAUGAUAAGCCAAGAUCUGUUUCUGCAAAGAAAUGGCAACCCUGGAUGGUAACCUGAACCUUGCUGCAAUUGUUCAUCCAAAUGGGGAUUACUCCCAGAAGACAGGGCAAGCAUAACAAAUGGGGUGCGAUGAGUGUCACAAUAGCAACAUAGAACAUUCUGGAGACAGGCAACACAUCCAACUCCAAAUAAAUAUUUUUAGGCUUACAAACAUUAUUUUUCAAAAUGUUACUAAGUAUUCUCAGGGCCUUUAACUUUUCCCUCAGUAGAUACCUCCAAAUUCGCCUUCAGUUUUGUCUGAGAUGGAAUUUUAUGACUACUUAUGGUUAUGCAGCUCCACUCUUUCUUUGAUGUAGAUUAUAUUAACAUUCUGUAAAUGUCAGAUGUUAGAAUCAGAUUUUUUGAGCAUGAACGAGUUCACGGAAGUGACUUCCCCAUCCUCUCCUUUUACAGUGGCCUCAUAAUCCCUUUAAACUGUUAUACAUAAGGCCAAGAGACCGUGCUGGAUGGAGUGAGCUGUGGGUAUAGGGACUUUCUGCUAAGAGAAGAGAAGUCCUGGAUCCAGCCCAAUAAGUCUGUAGCUACUCUGCUCAAAGAGCCAUUACUCUGAUAUGGCUUCCAGACAGCAUCUUUUGUAUUAUCCUGGACAAUCCAGAUCCAACAGUGGACUGUUUGUAGACAUGCAAAAGGAUCUUGAGAUUAACUGAGAGAAAACUUUCAAAAUGGCCAUGUUAGUUCAAAAUUUCAAUAUGUAAAAGGAUCUUUAAUCACUUUAAAGACUGUGAGAAUUAAGCUGAUACCAUAAACUUCCAUAGUCCAAGUCUAAGUCUUCAGGUGCACAUACUGAAAUGCCUACAGAUAGACCUUUGUAGGCACACUGUGUGUGUGAAUACCCUUAGUAAUGCAAGACAUGUUGAUAUGGUGAUGAGGUGAUAAAUGCAAGUAUGGUCAUUUGUGGGCAUAGACAGGAGGGACUAUGUUGCCUAAAGCCUAGAGCCAUAUGAAUGCCAGAGAGAGUUAUUGAAAUGCAGUGUGAUACCAGAAAGGAGAUGUGAUAAACUGGUGACAGCUCUCCUGAGGCUGCAGUGUUGUAAUAGUGCCAAGAAAUCAUUGUUUAGUCCACUGUUGAUCGACUGGAAAUUGUGGAUGUAUUCCAAUUCUGCUGUUUCUCUUUCCAAUCUUCCUUUGUAGUUUUUUUGUUCAAGGACAGCUGUUCUGAGGUCGGAGGUGGAAGGUCUAGGAAUCCUUUGACAUACUGAGAUAAAGAAGUUGGCAGCAUAAGCUCUCAUGGACUUUGACUUCAUCAAAUGAUACUGUUCCAGAUUAACAUGUCUAUCUCUUUGAAUUCUGAUAGUAUACAUGUUCACCUCACCAUUUUCUUUUGGCCAACUCAGUGCAGUUCAGGAUACAAUUGCCCCAGAAUGAUUUGUAACAGCUACCGUAACUUUUUUUCUUUUGUUCUGAGGUUUGCCAGAUUGAAUUGGGAAUAACAAAGAAAAGCCCACACUGAUAGAGCUACCAGCAGAUUAUAAGUAAUUCACUGGACAUUGUCACCACUACCAUUGCCAUCAUUUUAUUUUAAGUGAUUUGACUUGGUGGACUCAGUGAAAGCUACAUAUUUUUCAUAGCAUUUGUUUUGAUCUCCUCAGGGCCUAUCACAUUUUUAGUUACUAUAAAAGGUAAAGGUUUCCCCUGAUGUUAAGUCCAGUCAUGUCUGACUCUGGGGGUUGGUGCUCAUCUCCAUUUCUAAGCUGAAGAGCCGGCGUUGUCCGUAGACACCUCCUACGUCAUGUGGCUGGCAUGACUGCAUGGAGCGCUGUUACCUUCCUGCCGGAGCGGUACCUAUUGAUCUACUCACAUUGGCAUAUUUUCGAACUGCUAGGUUGGCAGAAGCUGGAGCUAACAGUGGCCGCUCACGCCGCUCCCGGGGUUUGAACCUGGGACCUUUCGGUCUGCAAGUUCAGCAGCUCAGUGCUUUAACACACUUUGCCACCGGGGCUCCAUUUUAGUUACUAUAUAAUUGAUAAAAAUCUACUAUACAUAAAUUCCACUGGUGUCUGAAAUAUAUUUACAAUGCUCAGGUAGCCUGUUAAUCAGGUAUGGUAAGCACAUGUUUGCUAAGCCUCUAAAUCUAGGAUAUCUCUGCUAAAUAACUUAAUAGGUCGAUCUUGUUAAGGGAGAACAGGACAGGGCAAUAUGUGGCAAUAUGUUCUGACUUGCACCAUUGUUCCUUAUUCAUAUGCUGGUGAUUCCACCUUUAAGGCUGUUGUGAAAUGGUUGUAUCCUGACUGUGGUUAUGUAACUUGAGUAAUGCUGGCAUAAUAACCAUGGAAAUGGUAGUCCUUUCAGGCAUUGCAUCCAUAUGCAUCUAGCACAAUUGGAUGCCAGGGUUGGGGGUGGGGGGGCAGGGAGUUCUAUUGCUUAUUCCACAGUAGGAACAUGAAUUGGCAUGUUCCAUAUUCUGCAAUACUUUCUAGAGUGGUGCAACCCAGUGUAGCAGUGGAAUAGCACAAUCACAGCACAUCAAUGCUGAUGUAACUUAAUGCUACACAACUAUAUUACUAUAUCUUGACCUCUUAGUGAAUUACCAAAAACCACCCAAAAGCAGUUUUCCCUUAAAUGUAAAGCCAUUAUUGCAAACUAUCUGGAUUUUGUUUCAGAACUCAGGACAUUUAUUGUUUUGGGCUGCAAUUUAUAGGACCCCCCAGCCAGCUCUGGUUUAGAUCUGCUCUACAAUUGUAUAAGGCACCAAGUCUCUGCUUGUAGAGGGGAAGGCAAUUGUAUCUUUGGCUCCUGAAUAUUGUGUUCAGGUAGCCUGUGUGGGAACAGAGAUACUAUAAAAAUGUCUUUUGGGUAUAUGUCUCAUACAUACCAGGUGAGAUCUGCCAUGUGUCACCUCAAACUACAGUUAGAUUCGCAUAAUUAAAUGCUUCACUUUACAGAAAUAUAAUAGCAAAACAUGCAUAUAGAAAGCUACUUCUUAGAAAAUUAAUAUAAUAGUAACAAUUUCAUAUAACGAUCAGGGAGAUGUAUGUUCAGUGGGGCUUAAUCCCUGGGUUUUUUUUAUCUUGUCAGAAGCGACUUAAGGCAAGUCACUUCUGCUGUGAGAGAAUUGGCAGUCUACAGAGACGUUGCCCAGGGGACACCCGGUUGUGUUACCAUCCUGCUGGGAGGCUUCUCUCAUGUCCCCGCAACCUAAAGCUGACAGAUGGGAGCUCAACCCAUCUCAUGGAUUUGAACUGGCAACCUUCAGGUCAGCAACCCAACCCUCAGGCCAGCAGUUCAGCUGGGACGAAGGUUUAAAAUUGAAAUCUCUGGUAUGUUUAUGUAAGAUUGCAUCCUAAAUUAGAAUUUAACUCAUUAAGUGGAAGAUCAGUGAAUGAAAAUGAGGUUGAGCAUAGAAUUGCAGAAUCCCCAGUGGCAAUGCUGGCCAAGAGUUAUUGCAAUAGUAUUCUCCGAAAAUCAGAUUUCCAAGUUUUGAAAAGACACAAUGAAAGACAAUAUUUAUCAUGUGCACAGAAAGGGAUGUUGAUUUUUUUUUAGUAAUCAUACAUCAUCUAACAUUCAGUCUUAUCCCCCAGUUUCACUAAAAUGGUAUAGAAGCUCUGCAGUCUGUAAUAUCUGACUUUGUGGUUAUAUAUCAUGUAGACAGGGAUGGAGACCAAGGGCAUCAAGAGUAAUGUUUUUAUAUAGAUAGUUUGGGAAAACAUACUGGCUUGCUUUUAAAAACUGAUUCUUUGUACCUUAGUGUUGUUUCAAAGCCCUUAAUUUUAUUAGAUCUGAGCAAAUGUUUAGUGAUUUUGUGCUCUUCUAAAUUCAAUCUGAAUUUUCUUUUUUACACAAGAAAUUGUAGAACCUGGAAGAGAACUGAAUGUGCUCACACCCACAUGUUGUUAAGAUUCCCAUAAUGUCUAAUAAUUUGUUUGAGGGAAUUGUGAUGGAAAUGUAAGAGUAUAAGGAAGAAGAUGGGGGAGAACUUGAAAGGGAGCAAAGAUAUAACUAAACUACAGGAAAUUUCAUUGAGGGAUAGAAUUCUUAUGAUGUGGUCCAUGUCUCCAUCUCUGGGUAGGGGGUGGGAUGGAAAGAGCAUUGUCUUUUUUUCCCACUGAUUAAGUGGAGAAACAUUUUUUUUUCUUAUAACACACUAGAUAUCAUUUCCCAAAACGUAUGCUUGCCAAAUGGAAUAUGGUUCAUUUUUGCAUUGUUCCAGUGAAAAAUGAUAGUCUAGGCAGCAUAGCAUUUUUACAUGCAUUAGCUCAACAGAACCAAACUGAAGAAGGUGAAAAUGCAGAACUUUUAUCUGGGACAUCAGUUGAGAAUGGCAGGGUGAACCCUUUGAAAUUAUGGAACUAUAGUGCUAUGGUUCCACUUUAGCUGCCAUGGUUCAGUCUUAUGGGCUCUUGGGGUUUGCAGUUUGGGGAAGAUUAUUUAAAAUUCACAUCUAGAGCACUCAAUUAUUCACUGAAAUGAGAGCAGCGGUUCCCAAUCUUUUUUGAGUCAUGACCCCCUUUUAUAAAGGCAAAGUGACCUUGACCCUGAUACAUUAAAAUAGAUGUUUUAAUAAUGUAAAUUAAAACAUAUCAAAAAUAGAUUUUUAGUAUAAUACAAUUAAAAAUGAACUUACAAUGUAUUUAAUGCGAUGGUUGAAAUUGUAACUCCUUAACAAGCUUAAAAAUUCAAAAUCAAACUGCACAUGAACCUGGACUUCAUAGCAAGCUAACCUGACAAACAAAAGACACAUUUUUUUGUUUUCCCUUUGUAAAAUGUUCAUAGCUCACCACUGUCUGACAACCACAAAGAAAACCCUUCACAACCCCAUUUGGGUUUGCAACCCAUGGAUUGGGAAUCACUGUCCUACAAGUACUUCAUUUGUACACCUAGUUUGGUCCAAAAAGCUUAUUUGAGUGUGUCCUUUCAGAACAAAAUGUGGAACGCAUACUGAAGUUAAGAUGAUUCUCUUCAUAUGACUGUGCAAACCAGACAAUGAAAAAAAGCUAAUAGGAAGUAAAACAACUUAUUUGUGAUGGGUUGUUGGAGAAGAGUUCUUCAAAUACCGUGAAUGUCAAAUAUGAUGGACUGCUAAAAAGACAAAUAAAUGACUCUCCCUUCAAACCAAGGUGACUUUUAAAGUCUAUAAUACUUUGGCCAUAUCAUGAGAAUAGAUAGCUCACUAGAAAAGAUUAUAAUGCUUGGGAAAUUAAGAACAAUAUUAAAAAGAGAAUGAGUGCAUUGAAGUUGGAUAGUGAAAAAAGCCACAGCCUUUGUAAGGCCUGAGAGGGGCUGUGGGUGACAGGAUGACCUGGAGGCUAGGUCUUCAUAAAUUUGUCGUAAGUUGAAGUGACUUGUAGGUAGGUAACAAACACUGAACACCACCUGUCAAUAUCCAAUUCUGCUGCUAUUAGCACCAUGUCUGAAUCCUAGCCCUCAGACAGAUAGGAUCUUCUGUUGCCAAAAGUGUAUAAAAACAAAAAACAUUUAUAGAUAUUAAACAUAUCAGAUUAGAUUAUUUAUUGCAUUUAAAACAUCAUGCACCUGCUUUCACUCUCCUCUCAAACUAACUCAAACCAGAUAUAUAUGAAACCCCUUAGACAAGCUGUCAUUCUAGCCCUGAUCUAACUCCUGUCUAGCUGAAUUCCAAACUAUCAUUCACCAACCAGAAGCAAAACUAGAAACAAUAUCUAGUUCAAUAAUUUCAAAUAUUUCGGAUAGUUUUAUGACCAAGAAUCCCCUUACAGUCACAAAUGCUAUAAUUUUUGCCAACAUUUUCAAUGCCACAUAGAGGCCAGAGCAGCGGAGUUAUAAAAGCACAAAUGUGAAUUUUAAAUGGCAUAGAUAGGUAUUGCAAAAAGUAUUUUUGUGUGUAUGGAAAUAACUUUGUUAUUUGAGGUAAGGGUUUAUUAUUUCACUCCCUAAACAAUCUGUCUACUCAAACUUGCAUGGCUGGAUGACUUCACAAUUUGCUUUUGCAUUCCCUUGGGACUAUAAAAAGGAAAUGGGGACCCUCAUCCAGUUAUACAGCAGUUGUGUAUGAAAAGGUGAUGCAUGUUAUUAGUAGUGCAAAAAGGUGUGUGGGCAUGUGUGUUGCAAUAUGUCUGCUCAUCACAUGCGAGCAUCUGCUGUGUUCCUGGAUGUCUCCUGCUAGAACUGAGUGUAUGAAUGUGAUCAUUUCUAAACUUGCCCCUUUCCCCCCCAAAAAAAAGAAACAUGGAAGCUUCUUAAUACAAUGAUGCACAGUGUAUAGACAGAGGAAGCACAGCUACACAACUGUGGCAUCUGCAAAAGAGCUGGGAGCUGCUUUUUGAUGUCACAAUUUCUAUUGGCCAAAGUGGACAGGAGAUUAAUGGAAUUGUAGUUUAGAAAAGUAGGCUUUGAUCUGAAAACAUUUUUGGAGCCCUGUUUGAAAACAUUAUACAGAAAUGUGAUACCCACAACUACAUCAGAACAAGUAUAGCAGACGGCUUACUCCAGCAAUGCAGGGAUAUGGUUUAGUUCAAAUGUUUUGAGUCGUGGUAUUUUUGUUAAUAGAACAGCCUUUCUAGCUUGAUCCAGUUGUACUGACUGAGUGUAAGCUAGCUUUAGCAUGAUACAGCACAAGAUUUGCAUCUAACCCCUACCCCAUAAGGUUGAGUUACUAGCAAGUCAUGUUUGUAACAGAAGUAAGAACAAAACAGAUUUCCCAAAUAUUAGCUAUUGUUGAAUUAUGUCAAUGUAAAGGGCUGCAAAAUGGUGUUUCUGAGAAAAUAAGACCCAUUACAUCCAACCAGUUGAGCAGGGUUGAGCAUUUCUCUUAGCACGUUACAUAGUGUGUAAAUAAUUGUACCAAUUCGCUGCUUUUCUCUUUGUAACUUAUCUAUAAGGAUCCAUCACUCUUUCUGGGUUUUUUUCCGGGAGGCACCAUAUGCCCCCCGUGGUGUACCUUUCUGGUCCUUACCUCUGUUGGUGAUCAGCCAAUGAGGAAAGGGCUCAGAGGGUUCAAUGUGUAUAUAAAGAAUUAUGUAUAUUUAGUAAAUUGAGUAAGUGGGACUUAUGGCCAGUAAUAUGUUUUGCAACAAUGGUACCAGGACCUCCAAACCCAACUAGCAAAACCAAACUGUUCACCUUGCCAUGCCCAUCCUGUAAUAAGACCUAAGUUGCACCUGCCUGUAGUUCUGCAUGAUUGGACUUCCAAAUAUAAUUCACAAUGACCAGGAGUGUAACCUCUCAGUGUUGAUAAAAGUAGUUUUUAUAUCUCUCUCUACAUAUAUAUAUAUAUAUACAUAUAUAUACAGAGAAAACCAAACACACACAAAAUAAGAGCCACUGUUCCGCAUCAAGACUGGAAGAGGAGAAAGUGUCCAACUUCAUUGCAAAGUCUUAGUUUUUGAACAUAAUAAAUCACAAACCAGUGAAUAGGGACUAACUGACAAAUGCGACAUUUGAUAAGGAAAUGAGCAUUGUUAUGUUUUGUUUACUUCAGCCAUUUUACUUUUUACCUUUCAUUGUUUCCUGUGGGUGGUAGGAGGGGAAUGGAGGGGUCUUGGCUUUGUUCAUCAACCUUUUGUGGAUCAAUGUUGAGUCGAUGCAUUCUAACUUCUGUUUGUUUUGAGUUAUUAAAAGCAGAAGGGAAUCUAUGUUCCCCUUUGUGCCAAAAAAAAGAAAAAAAUAUCUCUUUGGAGUUCUUGUCGAAAUACUUUGUGUUGUCUUGAUUCAUUUGGGAUAUGUUCCAUCCAGAAAAAUGUUUCUAAACAGCUAUGUUCAACAGAGAUAUAAAAAUAUCUUGAUAUUAAAACCUUAGACCAA